UUUAAUUCUAGUUGUUAUUUUUUCAGGAGGAAAGCCAUCAGGGCUGCAGUCAUUAAAACAUGGCCUGGAAAUGACAUACCAACGUUUGAAAACAAUAGAGAGACUGAAGAGCAGCUGCAGAAUUUGGUAGAAGACCUUAAUGAGGAAUGUUCUUUUCCAGUUUUGAGGUUUGGAAAAGAAGGUAUAAAACAGCAUGUUCUUGAUAUCCUCAACGAACAAAGACGACAUGUUAGAAAAGGACAUGACUAUUCUGUGGUAAGCUGACAUAAUAUUUAUUGUACUAUCUGAAGUAUAUAUAAAAACAAAAAACUUCACUGCAUGAGAAACAUAAAUUAUCAAACUUUCAUCAGGAUAUCCGAACAUUGAGAAAUGAGUUUAAAAAACAAGGCACAGGCAAUUUUUUUUUAAAUUAACUUCGCCCAAGGUGAUAUUUUUGAGGGCCAUAAGUUAGAAAACUGUAACAGGUUAUUAUGCCUCCCCUUUUAAAUACAGUUUCUGUGUUGUAUUGUAAUUUUUCUUCCAAAAUUUGCAGCCUGACAAACGGACUCUGAAAAGAAAAGUUGACAUUAACGAAAGUAGUUCAUCAGCAGCAGAUCUCUCUGACAAGCCUGACAAUUGCAACCACACUCUGAAAAGGAAAGUCAAAAGUGGUGAAAGUACCAGUACUAGUAGUGGCAGUGACCAGUCUGGCGAUACAGUUUCAGUAAUUGACGAGGACUCCAGUAGUACUAGUGAUGAGGACGGUAUAUGUAGCUAUAAUGGAGACUCCAGCAAGAAAAUAGGUUUG